CAUUAUACACUAAACAGAUUUUAAGUUAGUUUGCCGGUGUUAUCAGGGACUUGUGUUUGUUGUUCUAGUACCUAUCAUUUCUUCAGAAUGGGUGCAGCAUCAACUAGUUCAUCAUUUAUUUGUUCGUCUGUAUCUACUGUAAUACUUUUUUGCAUAAUGCAAAUGCAAAAAUCAUGGUUAUCUUCCUCACAGAUGCAUACAAUACUUGGAGGCUAUCUUGGUUCCUUACUGUUUAUCGUUUUGUUAACUGCUGUUGGAAAUAUGGAAACUUUGGUUUUCGGAGCUCGUUUCCAUACUAGACUAUUUCCAGAAGUGGUCUUGUGCUUGGUUGCAUCUAUGGUGGCAUCUGGUUUGGUGCACCGUGUUUGCUCCACAACUUGUUUCAUUUUUUCAUUAAUUGGUCUCUACUACAUGAACAAACUUGUAAAAUCGGUUGCACCUGUUCAGGCUCCAUCAUCUUCUGUAACAUCAAAAAAGAAGAAGUAAAAUUUUAUAUUGACUGUUUGGUGACAUUAAUAAAAUUAAACUAUCUAUAAGAAUAAAGAUUUCUAUUUAUUUUUAUAUUAUUUUUAUUAUUGUUAAUUUUUUAAUGUGAUUGUUAUCCUCAUUACAUAUUUAUUGUACCAUUAUACAUAAACAAAGGACGCUGAUGUUAUUUUACUACAGUCAAUUCUUGAUAUCAUGAUUUUUGGUAAAUGACAAAUCAGUUUUAGUAAUUGAGCUUCAUUUAUUUAGAAUGGGUAUAUUAGUGUUUUGUUCUGUUAAGCUUUUUACACCAUAGUCUAAUUUUCAC